CAUCUACCCCAACUACUCACGGCUAACCUUCUUCCUUUAAGCCGAUAUCGAAGGGCUACGUGCAUAUUUGACCUACUAUUCGCAGUCAUGGUAAAAGACACCGGAACUGUCUACUUCAACAAGAACAGUGCGGAGUACGGCUUCAUGAGCAACAUGCAUAUCGCGCCAUUCACCGUUGAGGAAGUCGAGUAUAAGUCUACGGAGCACUACUUCCAGGCUGCGAAGGCGCGCCACUUCAAGGACCUUGAUCUUCUGCGCGAGAUUCUCGAUUGCGAUGACCCAGUCAAAGCCAAGUCCUUUGGAAGACGAGUGCAUCCUUUCGAUCUCAACGAGUGGGAUGAGCUCAAGGAAGUGGUUAUGAAGGAAGGCAAUAUGCAUAAAUAUGCCAAAAACCCUACUCUUCAGGAGAAGCUCCUUGCCACAGGCGACCUUCAUCUAGCUGAGUGCAAUCCUAGAGAUCGUUUUUGGGGAAUUGGUGUUGGCAAGGCCAAGGCAGAGGCUGCUGGCAAGUACCCUGGCAAAAACGUUAUGGGGUUUAUUUUGGAGGAUAUCCGGAAACACUUCCGGGAUGAAGCUAAGCAAAAAUAAUUUAGCAAGCAGAUCAUUCGGGUUUGGUUCUUUCAUGCCCCUGCUUAAGGACAGGUAUUUACUCGUGGGAGGAACUUAGUCUUCCCUGUACAAUGACUGGUGGGUCUGGUAGAAGUGAGGAGCAAGUGGUUCUGAAGUGGUAGCAGAUGAUGAAUAAUUGUAGCUUCUAAGUAUUUUAUCGCAAAGAAUCAUUCCAAUAGCCGACCG